UUGUCGCUCUUGCGUGCGUCCCCGAAGUUCUGUAGCACGUUGUUGCGGCACGCGCAGUGUACACGCGAACAGUUGCUUUCGCGUUUUGUAAAUCACAGAACAUUUGAUCAGUCAUAACCUACAGUAGCAAUGGGGGGACAAGCAAAGGCCAAAAAGAAAAGCAAACCUAAGAGAAAACAGAGUCGCGGAGCUGCAGAGCACACAGUAAUGUCACCGCAGGAGAGGAUGAAAGCCAGGAUGCAGGACCGAGCCAAAAAGAAAACUGCCGAAAAGUACACGGUGGAUCAGUUACUGGAGAAGGCCGAAGACUGUAUGGACAACUUUGACUUUUCCAUGGCCAGGAUGUUCUGUCGGCGUGCUCUGGACAUUGAACCAACCAAUCUGACCAUUCUGGACAUGCUAGGGAACAUAUGUGCUGAGCUGGGAGACAUAGACAAAGCCAAGGAAGCUUUUCUGAAGGCGGUGGAGCUGAGCCCAGAGGCAGGUCAUGGCAAGUACAUGUACCUGGGGCAGAUUCACACGGGCAAGGAGGCCGUGCAGUACUUCAGCAGAGGUGUGGAGGUCAUGCUCAGCACCAUGGACGCACAGGCCCAAGGGGCCUGCGGUGGGGGUGCCGCCAUCACGGCGAAAGACGUGUCUGUGGCCUUCUGUUCCAUCGCCGAGAUCUUCUUCACUGACCUCUGCAUGGAAGACGGUGCAGCAGACAAGUGCAAGGAGACCCUGGAGAAGGCGCUGCAGUACGACCAGCACAGCCCGGAGGCCCUGCAGCUCAUGGCCAGCUACCUGUUCAGCCUGGACAACACCGAGGAGGGCUGUGACUACCUGAGGAGGAGUGUGUCGUCAUGGCUACCGAGCCUCCAGAAGGAGGAAGUGGCCGCAGCGAGCGCCGAGGAACACGACCAGGAGGACGAGCCGGCACGGACCAACAUCCCACCAUACGAGUCCAGAAUCACCACGGCCAAACUGCUGAUCGAAGCUGAGCAGUUUGAGAUGGCCACAGAGGUGUUGGAGGGUCUACUGGAAGAAGAUGAUGAGGUCGUACAGGUGUGGUAUUUGUUGGGCUGGCUGUUUUAUCUGCAGUUGGACAAGCCUGGUACCACAGCAGACACAGAAAGCUUCAGAAAGUCAGCCAGAACCUACCUUACCAAGGCAAAGAAGCUGUAUGUGAAGCUCUGCUGUGAGGACCCUCCCCUGUUGGAGCACACAGAACAGCUGCUGGGAGAACUCGGGGGCGAGGAGACCGUUGCCGGCGAGGACGACGGCGGCGGCGUGGGAGGCGGACCCUCUCUGGACGACAUCGCUGACGACUUUGUUCAGAGCAGCGACGAUGACGAGGAGGAAGACGCCAUGGAACACUGAACGCUGCCCAGCCCCGACCUGCUCACUUUCUGCUCCUUGACCCCCUGCUUGUCCAGCCUGACAGGUGGACGACAGGGACUCACUGGGCUUUGGGACCAAGCCCAUAAUGACCCCAUGUCCCAAACGUUAUUACCCGAGGACAGACAGCAAUGCACCAGUGACAUCAUCCACCACAGCCCUCUCUCUCUCCCUCCCUCUCUCUCUCCCUCCCUCUCUCUCCCUCUCUCUCUCCCUCCCUC